GGAGCUACGGAACUACAGCGGGGCAGCAAUGGAGCCAAAGCACAAAGAGUUGCUCGACCAGUGCCACCAGAACUUGCUGGAGUCCAUCACCGACGCGGACCGGCUGAUCGAGCUGCUCAUCGUCUCCGGCACCCUGAGCCAGCUCGACAGGUUCGAGCUGGAGCAGAACUGCUCGUCCAGCGCCGAGAAAGUGGACCACCUCCUGAAGAUGCUCGUGAACAAGGAGAGCGACCAUUUCCUCGACCUGUGUGUGGCCCUGGAGAAGGCGUACCCUGACCUGUACGCUGCCCUGUUCGGCAGCAACGGCGGCGGACCUGUGGACCACUCCACCGGUUCCACCUACAGCGUCCUGUCCACCAUGCCCUCUGACUCAGAAAGCAGCAGCUCCCUCAGUAGUGUCGGUUCGCCCGUUAACGGUGAAGCGUCCUCCCCACCCCCAGCCAUCAACGACAACCGGCCCACCGGUGACAACCUGGACACCAUCCUGUUCCAGCUCCGCCAGGUGACCAGGGAGAGGGAUGAGCUCCGCAAGCGCCUGGCGUUGGCAUCGCCCGGGACCACCUUCGACGACUGCAGGCCAAAUUCCAAAGCCAGUCAUGACUAUGAGCGUCUGAAAAGCCAGUGCAUGAGGGCCAUGGCAGAUCUGCAGUCCCUCCAGAACCAGCACACCAAAACACUCAAGAGGUGCGAGGAGGCUGUGAAGGAGGCCGACUUCUACCACAUGCUGCACAGCCGCGUCCUGACUGAACAGACGCAGCUGAAGGAAGAGAUGGAGACACUCCGGAGAGACAACUCCCAACUUGUCCGAGAGCACAACCACCUACAGCAGAACUGUGAGGAGCUCAAACGACUGCACAGUCAAGACCAGACAGAGUUGGCGGACCUCCGGCAGCAGCAGCAGCAGGUAAUGAGAGAGAAGGGCUCCUCCGAGGUGUUAAACAAACUCUAUGAUACGGCCAUGGACAAGCUGGAGGGUGUGAAGAAGGAGUACGAUGCUCUGAGCAAGCGCUACAGCGAGAAGGUGGCUAACCACAACACAGACCUGAGCCGUCUGGAGCAGGCGGAGGAGGAGAACCGGCGGCUGCAGAAGCAGACGGACGCACUGCUCAAACAGCGGGAUUCAGCCAUGCACUACCAGCAGCAGUACUCCACCUCAAUGAGAAGGUUUGACUCGGUGCAGCAGGAGCUAAACAAAUCAUCGGCCCAGAACAAGGAGCUUCAGAGGGAGAUGGAGCGUCUCCAGUCGGAGGUGACGCGCUACAAGAACUUGCAGCUGAAAGCAGGAAAGGACUGCGAGAAGUACAAGGAGGAGAGGGACUCUGUUUUCAACGAGUAUCGGCUCAUCAUGAGCGAGAGGGACCAGGUGAUCAAAGAGCUGGACAAGUUACAGACGGCGCUGGAGGCGGCUGAGGCCCGGCUGAAAAACACCUCCUCUGAACGAGUGGUGGCCAGUGAGGAGCUGGAGGCACUCAGACAGGAGUUGAACUCGUCGCUUGUAGACCGCGACAGGGCCAUCUGUGAGAGGAACGAGCUGCUGGAGAAGUACUGCCACGAGGUGAAGGACAAGGCCGAGGCCCAGAAGGAGCUGAGCCAGGCCUGCAGGGACAUCGAGACGGUGCGGGAGGAGAGGGACGUGGCCCGCAAAGAGAGGACGGAGGCCAUCAUUCAAAGGGAUCAGUUGCUCCGAGAGUACUAUCAGGCCAGACAGAAACAGGACUCUGCCACCCUGGACAUGGAACGAGCCAACAAGGAGAUUGAGAUGCUGAGGAAACAGUACGAGGCCAUGUCUCAGGAACUGAAGGAGUCCACACAGGAGGCUGAGGUGGCCAAAUGCCGGAGGGACUGGGCCUUCCAAGAGAGGGACAAGAUAGUGGCGGAGAGGGAGAGCAUCAGGACUCUGUGUGAUAACCUGCGACGGGAGCGGGACCGGGCAGUCAGCGACCUGGCCGACGCCCUGCGAAAUCUGGACGACAUGAGGAAACAGAAGAACGACGCCUUACGAGAGCUGAAAGAACUGAAGGAGAAGAUGGAGAGCCAGCUGGAGAAGGAGGCCCGUUUCUGUCAGCUAAUGGCCCACAGCUCUCACGACUCAGCCAUCGACACAGACUCCCUGGAGUGGGAGACAGAGGUGGUGGAGUUUGAGAAAGAUAGGGACGACAUGGAUUUGAAGGCACUUGGGUUUGAUAUCACUGAGGGGGUAAAUGAUCCGUAUUUACCAGGAGAUUGUGGAAUAUUUGUUACAAGGGUGGAUAAAGGAAGUAUCGCAGAUGGAAGGCUAAGAGUGAAUGAUUGGUUGUUGAAGAUUAAUGACAUAGACCUGACCAAUAAGGACAGGAAGCAGGUAGUGAAGGCUGUCCUCAGUGGUGGGGGGUCGAUCAACAUGGUGGUAAGGAGGAGGAAGUCCCUGGGAGGACGGCUGGUUACUCCUGUUCACAUCAACCUUGUGGGACACAAAGACAGUGGAAUCGGUCUGGAGAGCGGCGUGUUGGUCGCCGCUAUCGUCCAGGGCAGCCCUGCAGCCAGAGAAGGUUCCCUAACAGUUGGUGACAGACUGAUCGCUAUAAACGGCAUUGCUCUGGAUAACAAAUCUGUGACAGAGUGCGAGGCUCUGCUGAGGAGCUGCAGGGACUCUCUGAGCCUCUCUCUCAUGAAGUUCUUCCCCCACAGCACAUCGGGCCAGAACAUUUUUGAGAGUCUGCGUGAGUCAUCAGAAAAGUCCAAUGGGCGCAUGCACCUGUCGGAGGUCCACUCCCGGAACAGUCGCAACCUCAAACACAACAGCUCAACGCAGACGGACAUCUUCUGCCCUGACGUCGGCAGCACGAGCACAGGGAGCAUCUCCGGGGAGAGGAGGAAGGUCAGAGGUGAAUCUGAUGAGGUGUACAGGGACAUGAGCAGGCCGUAUUCCCUAGUUUCCCUCCACGCCACGAGCCUCCGACCUGCGUCUGACUUGGGCACCGGCCGCUACGGCCCCAGUGCUUUCCAGGAGUGCUGCCCAUACACAAAGCCACCUUCCUCCUUGCCCUUUGAGCAUGUCUCGGCCUCGGACUGCAUCACAAUGGAGACGACCCUGGAGAAGAAGCACAGUGGGGGCACGUGGCCCAAGAUGAUGGUGGGAGGUAUGUCAGUUGCACCAGAUAACACCAGUCCGGUCACAGUAGCAGCCCAGCUCUCCAUCUACAAAUCGCCCAAGCAGAGGAAGUCCAUCUUCGACCCAGACACUUUCAAACGUCCUGAAACCCCUUCCUCUAAGAUGGAGUACAUGGCGGCCAAUCAGAUUGCAGCUGCCGCUGCUGCGGUUUCCCACUCUCCCCAGCCUUUGAGGACUGAGUCCCUCUCCUCCUCAUCCACCCCUACCCCAACCCCUCCGACCCCACCCAAUCGCAGUGACUCCUUUAAAUUCAAACACAAACAUCAGAGCAGCUCUGCCUCCGACUGCACCAUCACCUCAGAGGGCAAGGGAGAGGCUGUCCUCUCCAUGGCAGCGGCAGAGGGCAGAGAGAGGAGCGAGCGGGAAAGAGACAGGAACGGGAACCACUACUUCCUGGAUGGCAAGGUCCUGACAUCGAGGAAGUCGUGUGAUGAGGACAUCGGCCGAUCCAGGGGGGAGGAGCCUGAGGUGAAGAGGCCACGCCCUAAAUCUGCCCCCGCCCUCCGACGGAGGAUGACCCCCCAGCCCAUCAAUUUCCCCUCCUUCCAAGGCUACUCUAACGACGAGCACUCGCCGGAGCCCAGGGACAUGCUGCGCUCGUCUCCCAGCCGAUCCCACCGGCACAGUGUGGGCUUCGUCCCCACAGUCUACAAUGGCACCCUACCUCCGAAUUCAGUCCACCGGGGCCUGUCUCCUUGCCCCGCCGUGACUGCGGUGAUGAGGAAUCCCGUGUACACCGUGCGCAGUCACCGCGUUCAUACCAGCAACUGUCCAUCCGUCGCCUCCCAGAUCAGUCACCAGCACACCCACACCAGCCCCCAACAUCAGGGUCGUCUGAGCCUGGACCUGAGUCAGCAGAAGCGCACGGGCGACUUCUCCGAAUCCUCGUCGUCACGGAGCAGCAGAGCUUCACACGGUACAAACUCACUGCCCUCCAGCGCUCGCCUCGGUUCUUCCAAUAACGUCCAGUACCGCACAGAGAGGAUCAAAAUCCCUUCUACUCCGCGCUACCCUCGCUCCAUGCUGGGGUCAGACAGAGGCUCCCUCUCGCACUCCGAGUGCAGCAGCCCGAGUCUCAUCACGCCUCCUCAAUCACCCCUCAAUCUGGAGACUUCCUCAUUCGCCAGCAGCCAAUCACAAGGCUCCAUUUCCACUUUACCUCGGAUCUCAGUCAGCCCUUUGCCAAUAGGGGAGCGCAGGAAAGACAGGCCGUACCUGGAGGAGCCGCGCAAUGUGAUUGUGCACAAAGGAGCAGAGCCUCUCGGCAUCUCCAUCGUCAGUGGGGAGAACGGAGGAAUCUUUGUCUCGAAAGUUACAGGAGGAAGCAUCGCCCACCAGGCAGGACUGGAAUAUGGAGAUCAGUUACUGGAGUUCAACGGCAUCAACCUGCGGAACGCUACGGAGCAGCAAGCUCGUCUCAUCAUCGGCCAGCAGUGUGACACCGUCACCAUUAUGGCCCAGUACAACCCACACAUGUACCAGCUGGGAAACCACUCUCGCUCCAGCUCCCGCCUGGAGCCAGUCAGUUCCCAGUCGACCCCACAGGGUAGUGGGGCCGCCACCCCCGACAAUCACUCCAACAUCGAUACACUCAGCGAACAGGACGAGGGGACGCUCACUCCCUCCUCCAAGCACACCUCCCCCACUACAAGUCCCAACAACUUUAUCAGAAUGCCGUCUGAGGGCAGCAGGAAGGUGGGCGAUCCACGGCUUGUGACGGUGCGCAGACCGGGAGUGGAAGUGGGAGUCACGCUCUGUGGAGGGAACCUGCGGGGCGUCUUCAUCGAGAGCCUGGACGAGGACAGUCCUGCCAGAGGCCCAGAUGGACUGCUCACUGGGGACAUUAUUUUAGAGUACAACUCGGUGAAUAUGAAGAAUAAGACGGCCGAGGAGGUGUACGUGGAGAUGCUGAAGCCCGCGGAGAUGGUCACGCUGAAGGUGCAUCACCGGCCAGACGACUUCAGCACGCUCAAAGACGUUCCGGGAGAUGGCUUUUACAUUCGAGCACUUUACGACCGGGUCGGGGAGGCCGAGGGGGACCUCACUUUCAAGAAGGAUGACAUCCUGUACGUGGAUGAGUCUUUACCAAAGGGCAGCUUCGGGACCUGGAUGGCCUGGCAGCUAGACGAGAACGCACAGCAGAUCCAGAGGGGGCAGAUCCCCAGCAAGUACAUGAUGGACCAAGAGUUCUACCGCAGACACAGCGUGACAGAAAUGAAGGAAGACUCCGGUAAGACUCUGUCUGCAGCGGCUCGCAGAUCCUUCUUCAGGAGGAAACAGAAACACAAACGUAGCAGCUCCAAAGACAGCAAGGAGAUGGUGGCUCUGGACGCUAUCAGCACAGACUCCAUCCCCUUCCUGGAUGACUGCGUGAGCCUGGCAUACCAGCGGGUCCAGAAGGUGGAGUGCGCCUCUCCUCGACCGGUACUCGUCCUCGGGCCGCUCACCGACGCCGUCAAGGAGAUGCUGGUCAAAGAGUCUCCAGGGAAGUUCUGCCGAUGUGUACUGGAGGUGAUGAAGGCCUCCCAGCAAGCCAUCGAGCGUGGCGUCAAAGACUGCCUCUUCAUCGACUACAAGCGCAGGAGUGGCCAUUUCGACGUGACCACCGUUGCUUCGAUAAAGGAAAUAACAGAUAAGGGUUGUCACUGUUUGCUCGACAUCGCUCCGCACGCCAUCGAAAGGCUCCACUGCGUUCACAUCUAUCCCAUUGUUGUCUUCGUCCGCUACAAAAACUCCAAGCAGAUUAAGGAGCAGAAAGAUCCGGUUUAUCUGCGGGACAAAGUAUCUCAAAAACAUUCCAAGGAGCAAUUUGAAAGUGCACAGAAGAUAGAACAAGAAUACAGCAAAUUCUUCACAGGUAUUGUCCAAGGCGGCACCCUCCCUUACGUUUGCACUCAGAUCAUGACGAUAGUUGAUCAAGAACAAAGUAAAGUCCUGUGGACUCCACUUGGCUGCCCCUAGAGGAGACCGGCUGCCACUACAUUAAGCUGCGGCUUCUCAUCUCCAUUCCCCGAACACUAAUUAACUCUCUCACACGAUACCAGUAGGUACCCUACAAGCGAGCUAGUUAUGUAAAUUAUUGAUAUUUUUUUAUUUUGUCUUUGUUAUGGUUUAUAAUCAGAGCCUGUUUGAUUUCUGAUGUACUCCGGAGCAGGUUAGUAGCACUGGAUCUCCACGUUCAAGUCCAUUGAGUCUUCCCUAAGGGUUUCUGGUGGUGUGUUUGUAAUGCUGCAAUCGUAAGCAUCCGUUUACAGUCAAAAGACGAGUCUAACUAUUGAUGUUCAAUAUUUGCUUGAAUGCGUGUCCUUCCCCUUUGUGUACGCAAAAACCUCAACACUAAUGAAGUUCAGCCGCCCCCGACCCCCCCCCGACCCCCCCCCCCCCGUGUAGCAGAUGACGUUUUGUGGUUUCCCCGACAAUUAUGCACCAGUUUGACAACGACUGACAACUAAUUGUGUUUGCUUGUCUUUGUGCGUGACUGUUUUUGCGCGUGUGUGUGUGUGAGAGAGAGAGAGAGAGAGAGAGACAGAAAAAAGCAUUGAGACUGUUUGUUCAGAAUUGUAAUGAAAAUUUCAGUUGAAUAGAACCAUGGUUGUUUGUUAGUGCGAAACAAGACGACGCUAUAGAAAUCGAAUGCCAGGACCAGACUUCACAUUCCCCGUGGUGUGACCGUGCAAAAGCAUCAGACCUCUCGACGUAUAUGUAGCUACCGAACAUCAUCACUGCCAGCAGUAACCACCACGACAACUCCAAACACAGCGAUGUUUGCUCUAUGCAUUGCGUUUCUAUAGUAGCCGGGUGCGUGGACCGUUUAUGUGGGGCCUUUCGGAAGUGCCUUUGGAGAGGAAGCCUGAUCUGAAACCAGCCCCUGCUCACGUUGCCAGAACUUUAAGCUGCGAUCGGUCACUUCACGCAACACGGACUCGAUGAGGACUCGGGGGCUGAUUUCAGACCAGCACAGUGCGUGACAAUGGCAACGUUUUGAGGGUGGGCCACAGCGUCGGCCAACGGGUUAACUCCUCAGAAUGCACUCCAGGGCUAGACAGACCACUGUGUUACUAUCAUUCUAUCUCUUUAACAUAUAUUUAACAACAAUAUAGAGUAUAACAUAUACAAUAUGCAGAUACAUCAGAAAAACACACACACGCACAUAUAUAUAGAUAUAUAAAUAUAUAUAUAUUACAUGUAUUUUCACUAGGUCGUACGCCUAGGAUGGUUUGGCAGUCAAGUCGUGUCUUAGCAGGUAUUAGCAUGUUUUUUAUUUUUAUUUAUUUUCUGUUUUUAUUUUUUGUGGUUGGUUGUCAGUCACUUAUCGAUGUACUCAUUAAAAGAGACACUAUGAAGCAAAAAUUGCAGGGUAAUAUCUUAAAGGAUUUUCCUCUGAUCCGUUUUAAUGUUAGUGACUUUUUCAUUAUUAUUUAAGUGUAUUUUCUAUUCAGGAGGCAAAAAAAUAAAAUACUGACAAAAAUAUUCUGCCCUUCCAUGCAAACCAUAUCCUGUAUCUUAUUGUGCCAAAAUCCACUACGGCGACUUUAUCCUUUUUAUUUCUGUUUUGCACUUGUUUAUCUGUGAACCUUAAAAACAUGUAUCUGCUCCUAGGUUUCCAGUAGACUAUAUAGGUACUAUAAUUUCUACUGUAACUAAUUCACAUUUUAUGUAUCACAUCAGUUCCUUACAUUUCAUUUAUGGCCUUUUUGUUCUUUCGUAGGAAGAAAAAAGGAUCACUUCUUAUUUGAAUUAUUAAAAAGGGAUCUAUUCUUGCACAGUUUUUUCAACGGAAAAUUAGUCCACAAGUUUGACUACUGGGCUAAAAAAAAAAAAAGAGUAAAGCAGAAGCAAACUGUAAUGUUACUAUUUUUCUGAGUAGAAAGCAGAUGUUAGCGAGCAAACGAGAGAGUGGGAUACAACGUGAACUAGUUGUAUUUAUAGAAAGAAUCAAGACGCCAGGUACUGAUGAACUUUUCUUUUGUUAGAAAGAAUGUGAUUUGUAUGUUGAGACAUUAACAUGAGAAUAAAGCUCAUUUACUGUAUCACAA